AUGGCUGACUUCUCUAAUUCCAAUCUUGUUCCUAAUCCGUCUCUACCACACAAGCCACAAACAUCAAGAGCUCAUCACAUGAAGCCUCGCAAUAUGAAUCCUUCCACUAAUUUAGCUUCUGCCUCCACACCAUCCCCUCCCACAAUUGAGCCAACUUGUUUCACUGAAGCAAAUAAAUACAAAGAAUGGAGAGCAGCCAUGACGUACGAAUUGGAUGUUUUUCUCCGCAAUGAUACAUGGUCCUUGGUCCCUUAUGAUCCAUCAAUGAAUGCUUUAACUAAUUCAGAUUGGGCAGGCUGCAUAGAUGAUCACAAAUCCACAGGUGGCUAUGCAAUCUAUUUAGGUGUUGCUCUUGUCUCUUGGUCCUCGAAGAAACAAUGCACUGUCUCUACGUCCUUCACUGAAUCUGAGUACAAAGCUCUUGCGAUGCAGCUUCUAAAUUAG